AUGGUGUGCAGCCUGUGGGUCCUGGCCCUGGUGUCCUCAGCUCUGGCCCUGGAAGAGGUAUUGCUGGACACCACCGGGGAGACGGCGGACAUUGGCUGGCUUACCUACCCACCAGGUGGGUGGGACGAGGUGAGCGUCACGGACGACCAACGGCGCCUGACCCGCACCUUCGAGGCCUGCCACGUGGCUCGGUCCGCGGGCUCAGGGCAGGACAACUGGCUGCAGACGCACUUCGUGGAGCGGCGCGGCGUGCACCGCGCGCACGUCCGCCUACACUUCUCCGUGCGCUCCUGUGCCAGCCUGGCGGUGGGCGGCGGCGCCUGCCGGGAGACCUUCACCCUCUACUACCGCCAGGCCGACGGCCCGGAUGACCCCGACGCCGCCGCGGACUGGCAUCGCCAGCGCUGGACCAAGGUGGACACGAUCGCGGCCGACGAGAGCUUCCCCGCGGCCGCUUCCUCCCAGGCGCGGGCCGAGGCGCCCCGCGCGGGGCUCCAGCUCAACGUAAAGGAGCGCAGCUUCGGGCCGCUCACGCAGCGCGGCUUCUACGUGGCCUUCCAGGACACCGGGGCCUGCCUGGCCCUCGUGUCGGUCCGCCUCUUCUCCUACGCCUGCCCGGCCACGCUCCGUGCCCUCGCCUCCUUUCCUGAGACCCAGGCCAGCGGGGCUGGGGGCGCCUCCCUGGUGGCCGCCAUGGGUACCUGUGUGGCUCACGCAGAGCCAGAGGAGGAUGGAGUGGGGAGCCAGGCCGGGGGCAGCCCCCCCAGGCUGCACUGCAACGGGGAGGGCAAGUGGAUGGUGGCCGUGGGGGGCUGCCGCUGCCAGCCGGGACACCAGCCUGCCCGCGGGGACAAGGCCUGCCAAGCCUGCCCAGCCGGAUCCUACAAGGCCUCUGCGGGGAACGCGCCCUGCGCUCGGUGCCCCGCCCACAGCCACGCCCCGGACCCCGCAGCCCCAGUGUGUCCCUGCCUCCCGGGCUUCUACCGGGCCGCCUCCGACCCGCCGGAGGGCCCCUGCACCGGCCCCCCCUCGGCGCCUCGCGAGCUCUGGUUCGAGGUGCAAGGUUCCGCGCUCAUGCUGCACUGGCGCCUUCCUCGGGAGCUGGGGGGCCGCGGCGACCUGCUCUUCAACGUCGUGUGCAAGGAGUGCCCCGGCCCCCAGGAGCCCGGCGGGGGCGCCUGUCGCCGCUGCAGGGACGAGGUCUACUUCGACCCCCGCCAGAGGGGCCUGACGGAGAGUCGAGUGCUGGUCGGAGGCCUCCGGGCGCACGUGCCCUACGUGCUGGAAGUGCAGGCGGUCAACGGCGUGUCUGAGCUCAGCCCCGAUCCUCCGCCCGCAGCUGCCAUCAAUGUCACCACCAGCCACGAAGUCCCCUCCGCAGUGCCGGUGGUGCACCAGGUGAGCCGGGCGUCGGACAGCAUCACCGUGUCCUGGCCGCAGCCCGAGCGGGCCAACGGGAACAUCCUGGACUACCAGCUCUGCUACUAUGACCAGGCCGAGGAUGAGUCCCGCUCCUUCACCCUGACCAGCGAGACCAACACUGCCACAGUGACGCACCUGAGCCCAGGCCACAUCUAUGGCUUUCGGGUGCGCGCUCGCACGGCUGCGGGCCACGGCCCCUAUGGCUCCAAAGCCUACUUCCAGACCCUGCCUCUAGGCGAGCUGUCCACCCAGCUUCCUGAGAGGCUCUCCUUGGUGGUAGGCUCCAUCCUGGGGGCCUUGGCUUUCCUCCUGCUGGGGGCCAUCUCCGUGCUGGCUCUUGUCUUCAGGAGGAAGCAGCGGGAGACCGGCUACACAGAGCGCCUACAGCAGCACAGCGGCCCAGGGCUUGGGGUGAAGUAUUACAUCGACCCCUCUGCAUACGAGGACCCCUGCCAGGCUGUCCGAGAGCUUGCCCGGGAGGUGGACCCUGCAUACAUCAAGCUUGAGGAGGUCAUUGGAACAGGCUCCUUUGGAGAUGUGCGUCGGGGCCGGCUGCAGCCACGGGGCCGGCGGGAGCAGGCUGUGGCCAUCCAGGCCCUGUGGGCUGGGGCUCCUGAGAACCUGCAGACGGCCCUCCUGGGCCGGGCAGCCAUGCUGGGCCAGUUCCAGCACCCCAACAUCCUGCGGCUAGAGGGAGUCGUCACCCAGAGCCGGCCACUCAUGGUGCUGACAGAGCUUAUGGAGCUAGGCCCCCUGGACAGCUUUCUCAGGCAGCGGGAGGGCCAGUUCAGCAGCCUGCAGCUGGUGGCCAUGCAGAGGGGCGUGGCCGCGGCCCUGCAGCACCUGGCCAGCUUCUCCUUCGUGCACCGUGCCCUGUGUGCCCACAGCGUGCUGGUCAACAGCCACCUGGUGUGCAAGGUGGCCCGCCUGGGCCACACGCCUCAGGGCCCAGGCUGCAUCCUCCGUUGGGCAGCCCCCGAAGUCAUUGCCCACUCGAAACACAGCACAGCCAGUGACGUCUGGAGCUUUGGGGUCCUGAUGUGGGAGGUGAUGAGCUAUGGAGAACGGCCCUACUGGGACAUGCCCGACCAGGAGGUCCUAAGGGCACUAGAGCAGGAGUUCCGGUUGCCGCCACCCCCAGGCUGUCCUCCUGGGCUGCAUCUGCUUAUGCUGGACACGUGGCACAAGGACCAUGCCGAGCGGCCCCACUUCGACCAGCUGGUGGCUGCACUGGACAAGAUGAUCCGCAAGCCGGAAACUCUGCAGGCCGUCGGGGGCCCCGGGGACAGACCUUCCCAGGCCCUUCUGGACCCUGUGGCUCUGGACUUCCUGUCCCUGGGCUCCCCCCGGGCCUGGCUCUCGGCCAUCGGACUCGAGUGCUACCAGGACAACUUCGCCAGGCUGGGGCUCUGCUCCUUCAGUGACAUAGCCCAGCUCAGCCUCGAGGACCUGCCCGCCUUGGGCGUCACGCUGGCUGGCCACCAGAAGAAACUCCUGCACAACGUUCAGCUUCUGCAACAGCGCCUGGGGCCACCAGGUGCUGUGGAGGUCUAA